AUGGUCGCAUCGCAGCCCCAACGGGGCUGGGAACUCCAAGACCAGCCCACGCCUCCUCCGGCUACCUUCGACCAGAAGCCACGAGGCAUGCCUGGCUACGGGCCAAGCCAACAUAACACGGAAGCCCCUCGGUGGCCCUUCCAAGACGUGGAAGACGACGAUACGAAGCAUCCUCCUCCUCCUCCGCCUCCGGCGGCCCCUCCUACUUUACAACCUCCGCCCCAAGUCCCGCCAUACCAACAACACCAACCCUCUCUGAGCCCAAGACCGCCAAGCCACACCCGCCAUAUCCUCCGUUACUGGGCCCUCGAACUUGCCACCGUCUUUACGGCAAUAUGUCUGUUAGUCGCCAUCAUCGCGCUUCUCGCGCACUAUGACGGCAAGUACAUGCCGGAGUGGCCGUUCGAAAUCAACCUCAACUCCGCCAUCGCCUUCCUCUCGACCUUCCUCCGCGCCGCCAUCGUCGCCGCCGUGGCCGAGAUCAUCGGCCAGAUCAAGUGGACCUGGUUCGCCGAGCAGACCCGGCCCCUCCACCACCUCCAGGACUUCGACGCCGCGAGCCGGUCCAUCCUCGGGUCCAUGAAGCUCCUGGGCGUCCUGGUGUGGAACCUGGGCUUCUCGCAGGCCGGCCUGCUCGCCAUCGGCGCCGCCCUCGUCACCAUCGCCAGUCUCGCCGUCGGCCCCGUCACGCAGCAGGCCGUCCGCACGACGACGUGCCCCGUCCUGUCGCAGCAGACCAACUCCUCCAUCCCCGUCGCCAACUACGUGCCCGGGUCGUCGUCGUACUACCGCGUCGGCGCCGGCUCGUACGAGCUCGAGGUCGACAUGAAGAGUACCAUGAUCCAGGGCAUCACGGACCCGGGCAGCCAGGACAGCAACGUCCAGGUCGUCUGCCCGAGCGGCAACUGCACGUGGUCCGACUGGGGCACGGGGGUGACGCACGCGAGCAUCGGCAUGUGCAGCAAGUGCAUUGACACCACCGAGUUCGUCAGCAAGCCGAACCUCGGCGGCAACCUGACGCUGCCGGACAACGGCGCCUACAUCAACAUCCUCGCCGGCCAGUACAUGUGGGUGGGCUACAGCAACUUGACGGCGUAUUCCAAGCUGUUCAGCGACGAGUUCGCGGCGGCCGCCGACGUCUCGCUCGCCAACUUCACCAUGCUCAUGGUGACCAAGUCUCCCUGCUCGUCCUCGACCGAGCCGAACGGGGCGAUCAAGCUGGACUGCCCCCACAGCAUGUCGCAGUCCGACGACAACGACUACUUGAGCAACGCCGGGGACUACAUCGCGACCUCGUGCGUCCUGUACCCGUGUCUGAAGGAGUACGCCGCCCACUACGAGAACAACACGCUCACCGAAAAACUCGUCCGCACCACGACGGCGGUGCAGAACGCCGCCGAGAUGGCCGGGACCGGGUACUACUCGGGCUACGCCAACUACACGGCCAUCCAGAGCCCCUGCGUCCUCGACAACGGCACCUGGUACAACAACGCCAACCAGAGCCAGGCCCUCGACGCCCCCGGCCGGACGUGGGCCAACAUCAGCGCCGGCGGCACCGGCGGCGAGGUCACCCGCGUGCCCAACGCGUGCCUGUACAAGAUGCAGGGCACCUUCUUCUCGGCGCUGUCCAACUUCAUGAGCGGCGAGCUCUUCACCGCCUCGUGCCGCUACGACUCGAUGCAGAGCGGCCACAUCAACUGCCGCGACGCGUGGUGGCUGACGCCGCUCUGGGCCGAGAACAACGCGACCGUGGCCAGCCUGACGGCCGCCGUCGACGACUUCGCCUGGGCCGUGACCAACAAGCUCCGCAUGACCGGCCUCGGCCCGGACGUCCACCAGGGGCUCGGCGCCCUCGUCCGCCACGCCGAGGUCCUCGGCGAGGUCUGGGCCAGCACGACGUGCACCUACUUCGACAGCAAGUACCUCGCGCUGCCCAUCGUCCUGGUGCUCCUCUGCGCGAUCCUGCUGGGCUGGAUCAUCGCCAAGAACUACACCGACCCGGAGCAGCCCGUCUGGAAGGGCAGCGUGCUCCCGCUGCUCUUCUUCGGGCUGCAUAACGGCGCCGGGCCCGGGACGGCCGGCGGUGGUGGUGGUGCUCGGGAUGGAAACGGUGAGCCGCGCGGCGGCGGCGGCCUGGCGAGGAACAUGUCGUUCUUCAGGGAGGGCCGGUCGGCGCCGGAGCUGGAUCGGAUCCAGCACGAGUCCGGGCGGUUGUGGGUUCGCUUCCACGGCGGGACGGACCCGGGGUUCUUGGAUCUGGGGACGAAGGGGAGGCGGAUCGACGUGGAGGCGAUCGAUACGGCGCUGGGGUCGGGGAACGCGAGUAAAGGGGAGUCACGGGGGAGGAGCACGAUAAGAUGA